GAGGCGGGGUUCUCCCUGCAGCAGCAAGACCGGAAUCCCGCUGACCUACGGUGGGGAGCUGUUAGGGCCGGGUCGGGGCACCGUGGCUGCAGGCCUGAGACGUGGGUGACUGAGGCGGCCGCUGUCUGGCCGGGAGGUGGCCAUUCUUUCCUCGAGCGCAGCUGAAGAGUGAGAGCCCCUUCGGGGGCUCUUUGGACGUCCGUGGUGCCCAGGCCUGAAGGAGAGCCGCCCUGCGCUUACCCUGGGCUGCUGCCGGCCCUGUGAGAGCGGAGGGCGACCUCCUUCUCACACCCCGCGGCCAUGUCUUUCCCACAUCGGCCGGACGCCCCGGAGCUGCCUGACUUCUCCAUGCUCAAGAGGCUAGCCCGAGACCAGCUCAUCUACCUGCUGGAGCAGCUUCCAGGGAGAAAGGACCUGUUCAUCGAGGCGGACCUCAUGAGCCCUUUGGAUCGAAUCGCCAACGUCUCCAUCCUGAAGCAACACGAAGUGGACAAGCUGUACAAGGUGGAGAACAGGCCGGCCCUGAGCUCCAGUGAGCAACUGUGCUUCCUGGUCCGACCCCGCAUCAAGAACGUGCGCUACAUCGCCAGUCUCGUCAAUGCUGACAAGCUGGCCGGCCGGACCCGAAAAUACAAAGUGAUCUUCAGCCCUCAGAAGUUCUACGCCUGCGAGAUGGUGCUGGAGGAGGAGGGGAUCUUCGGAGACGUGAGCUGUGACGAAUGGGCCUUCUCUCUGCUGCCUCUCGACGUGGAUCUGCUGAGCAUGGAGCUGCCCGAGUUCUUCAGGGACUACUUCCUGGAAGGAGACCAGCGCUGGAUCAACACGGUGGCGCAGGCCUUGCACCUUCUCAGCACUCUCUACGGCCCCUUCCCCAACUGCUACGGCAUCGGGAGGUGCGCCAAGAUGUCAUACGAACUGUGGAGGAAACUGGAAGAGGAGGAGGAUGGUGAGACCAAGGGCCGCAGGCCAGAAAUCGGGCACAUCUUCCUCCUGGACAGAGACGUGGACUUCGUGACGGCGCUCUGCUCCCAGGUGGUGUACGAGGGGCUGGUGGACGACACCUUCCGCAUCAAGUGUGGGAGUGUCGACUUCGGCCCCGAAAUCACGUCCUCUGACAAGAGCCUGAAGGUGCUGCUCAACGCUGAGGACAAGGUGUUCAGCGAGAUCCGCAACGAGCACUUCUCCAACGUCUUCGGCUUCCUGAGCCAGAAGGCCCGAAACCUGCAGGCCCAGUACGACCGCCGGAGGGGCAUGGACAUCAAGCAGAUGAAGAACUUCGUGUCCCAGGAGCUGAAGGGACUGAAACAGGAGCACCGCCUGCUGAGUCUGCAUAUUGGGGCCUGUGAAUCCAUCAUGAAGAAGAAAACCAAGCAGGACUUCCAGGAGCUCAUCAAGACCGAGCACGCGCUGCUGGAGGGCUUCGGCGUCCGCGAGAGCACCAGCUUCAUUGAAGAGCACAUCGACCGGCAGGUGUCACCUAUAGAGAGCCUUCGCCUCAUGUGCCUUCUGUCCAUCACGGAGAAUGGUCUGAUCCCCAAAGAUUACCGAUCCCUGAAAACGCAGUAUCUACAGAGCUACGGCCCCGAGCACCUGCUGACCUUCUCCAAUCUGCGGCGAGCGGGACUCCUCACCGAGCAGGCCCCUGGGGACACCCUGACGGCUGUGGAGAGCCGAGUGAGCAAGCUGGUGACAGACAAGGCUGCCGGGAAGAUCACUGACGCCUUCAGCUCUCUGGCCAAGAGGAGCAACUUUCGCGCCAUCAGCAAGAAGCUGAAUCUGAUCCCGCGUGUGGAUGGCGAGUAUGACCUCAAGGUGCCACGCGACAUGGCCUACGUGUUCAGCGGCGCUUACGUGCCCCUCAGCUGCCGCGUCAUCGAGCAGGUGCUGGAGCGGCGGAGCUGGCAGGGCCUGGACGAGGUGCUGCGGCUGCUGAACUGCAGCGAGCUGGCCUUCACAGACGUGGCCAAGGAAGACAAGGCGUCCAGCGAGUCCCUGCGCCUCAUCCUGGUGGUGUUCCUAGGUGGCUGCACUUUCUCUGAGAUCUCAGCCCUGCGGUUCCUGGGCAGAGAGAAAGGGUACAGGUUCAUUUUUCUGACGACAGCAGUCACCAACAGUGCCCGCCUCCUGGAGGCCAUGAGUGAGGUGAAGGCCUGAAGCUGGCCCUGGACGCGCUGCCCGCUGCGCGGCGAACAGUGUCCCCCAAGCACGCUGCCGAGCGCCGGUGGGGAGCACGGAACUUGCUCCGGGGGUUUAGGGACCAAGUGAGAGGGGAGAGCUCAGCGCCUGCCCCCAGGGAGUUUUGUUUCUGGUCUGUGGCGGACAGGCCCUGCCGAUAAGCUAUGGGGGAGGAGGAUCUCCCGCUACACCCCGUUCGUUCGGGUGUCACUGUAAAUAAAGCCUCUACUCUGAAA